UAUUUACCAAUCAUUCAAUAUGGAAGCUGAACCCGUACCUCAAGAAGAAAUAAAACAAAGUCGUAAGAUUAGUGAGAAGUUUGAGCAUGCAAUUAAUCUUUUUGAAGUUCUAGCUACUCAAUAUCCAAAUACAACCGGAGUUGAAGUUAUUGGAUCCACCUAUGAAGGAGAGAAGCUAAUCUCAAUGGUGGUUAAAGUAUGCUUCUCCAAAACAGAUCUUUCCAAAUUUGAACCAAGGAUCCACUCUAAUCUUUACAACGUGAAUAUCACCACUGGAGAAGUGACAAAGCUCAAUGAUAUUCCUACUGCUGAGCCAAAAGAUAAACAAGUUGUCGCAAAAACUAAGAGAAAUUCAGAGAUGAUCUUAAUAAAAACUGAACCAAAGAAUGAUAAAGCUCUUUACCUCGAACACUGGACUUCUGGCGGGUAUCAAAUUUCACUCAAGCUUGUAGACUGUGGCGCUAUCUACAACCACCCAGUAUUUGGAGGUAUCUCAUGGUCAAAGAACAAUGAUAAAAUUACCUUUAUUGCAGAGAAAAAGCCCAAUGAAGCAUUCACUCCUUACUGGGACAACGAAUCAAAGAAGCCAAUGACUGACGAGGAAGCUAAGAAGGAUGCAAAGGUGCCACAUAAUUACAGAAAAUGGCUGUAUAAUGACAGAAAAGGAACCCAGAUUAACAACUUUGGAGAAACUCUUACUGAUAAGAAGCAUCCAGUGAUGGUUGUCUAUGAUUUAGAGCUCAGGAAGAUCACAAUCAUAGAUAUUCAGGAAUUCAGACAAAAUGGAAACAUAGAUACCGGCGAGUUUGAUGAUGUGUAUCCAGCCCAUCCUAUCUUUGACCAGAGUGGUGAAGGAAUAGUGUUUCACGGAUACAAUCUCCCAAUAGAUAAACUUGGGCUAAACUUUUGUCUCAACAAGCCAACUAAGUUGUAUCACUUGAAAGCAUACAGCCAACCUGAGAAGGCUAAGAAAGAAAAUGGGACUUCUGAAGAACCUCAAGAGGAUUCAGAACCAUUUAAAUAUGAUAUUGAGACGCUUACAGAAGAAUUUUACUUUGCUGGAUUUCCAAAAUUUUCUGAUGACUAUAAAUAUCUAUCCUACUUCGGAAGUAAAGAAGAGUUCAUUACACAUGGCACUUGUCUGGAGCUAAACGUCAUCAAAAACUUUGGCAAAGAUAAUCAAGAAAACUACAAUGUUAUCAAGAGAGACCUUGAAAUUGAUAAUGAGUUCUCUGGUCUCUUUGGGUUCCAUGAUAAUUACGACGAAGCUAAAUUUAUUAAAGGUACUUCAAAGUUGCUAUUCAAUACUUGAAACAAAGGAAAAGAAAUCCUUGUUUUGAUUGAUGUAGAAGAGAAGACAUACAAAGUGCUCACCAACCCAGAUAUGAACACAAAUGAUUUCAUAAUUCUUAAGAAGAUACAAGAGGAUUAUGCUUUUGUCGCAUCUUCUUCAUUCAAUGAGCCUGCUUCCCUCUAUCUCCUCUCAGGAUUUACUGAUGAUAUUCCAAAAUGGACUAAAAUAUGCCAAAUUUCUGGUAAAAAUGACUUCUUUGAUAGUAUAAUGAGUAAUGUCAAGGUUGAUACUCUGACCACUGAAGAAGGAGCUGAAGGCUACUUCAUCAGAGUAGUCGAUGAAGAGAAAAAGAUAUUUGAUCAACAGAAAAGACCAACAAUCCUAAUUGUUCAUGGAGGACCACAUGGAAGUUUCCCAUUCAAUGCUUUCCUUAAAGAAAAGUUACUCUGGAUGGCACUUGGAUACAAUCUUUUCAGUGUUAAUUACAGAGGAUCACUUGGAUAUGGAUUGAAAUUUGCUGAAUCCUUAUCUGGCAAGGUGUUUACAAUGGAUGUUGAUGAUUCCCUAAACCUCUUCCAACAAUGUAUUGACACUUUUGCAUCAGAGAUAGACCAAACAAGACUUGGAAUAUAUGGAGGAUCUCAUGGUGGAUUCUUAACUUGAUCUAUUAUCUCUCAUCCUGAUUGGGUUGAUCGCUUUUCAGCAGCUUGUAUCUGGAACCCAGUAACAGCAAUGCAUGCCACUGUAACAUUUUCAGAUAUCCCAGACUGGCAUUAUUCUGUUGCAUGCAACAAACCAAAUACAUGGAUCUUAAGUAGAGAAGAUGUUCUAGAAAUGUAUGACAAAUCGCCUAUCUCAAGAGUAGAGAAUGUUAAAACUCCUUCGCUCUUUAUUAUUGGAGGAGAUGAUAGAAGAUGUCCUGAUAAGCAAGGCCUUCAUUUCUACAAAGGUCUCAAGCAAAUAGGAGUAGAGACAGACUUACAUUAUUAUCCGAAUGAUGGCCAUGCUAUCCCCUCUCUUGAACAAAACAUCGAUGCAAUGAUGAACAUGAUAAGAUGGUGGGUAGAUCAUUUAUAAGAACUUACAAAUCAA